CUCAAACCAGGUCUCCUGAGGCUUACUUUUCCUCUCACCAUUCUGGGACCAUGCAUCAAAAUGAUCAACAAUGGUCAAAUAUCAAGGUAAUUUACUAAAAUUAAUUUAUAUCAAUGGUCAUCCAAACAUACAAAAGAUUGAUAAGCAUAUAUAUAUAUAUAUAUAUAUAUAAGCUGAAUAACUCAAUGAUUUUUAGAAAUUAUACGAAGAUAUGAAAAGUGAGAUCAAAUCAGUAGUAGAAAAAGGCAAGAUUCCAAAUUCAAUGAGGAACCAACAUAGAGGAUUCUUGGAAUGGAAUGACAACACAAUAAAACAGAACCAUUAGCAAUAUUGUGUAGGUAUAUAUAAAUGAUCUUCUUUCCCAAGAAAAACUAAGGUUGAAACAUGCAUGCAUUCAUGUUUGUGUGUGUAAUCUCAUGCAUACAUAGCUUAUAAAAAUUAUCAACAAUUUACUUUUUUGGGGCCCAAAUUAUGAUUGAUGGAAGGGACACAGAUGAUAUAGAUGAUGAUGGAAUUCAAUUGCCAACCCUAGUUUAUAUGGCAAGAGAGAAACGACCCAACUUCCCUCACCAUUUUAAAGCAGGAGCCAUGAAUGCACUUAUAAGAGUGUCGCCAGAGAUAAGCAACGGACCUAUAAUUCUCAACUUGGAUUGUGACAUGUACCUAAACAGUGCAAACACAAUACAAGAAGCACUAUGUUUCUUCAUGGACGAGAAGAGAGGCCAACAGAUAGCUUAUGUGCAAUUUCCCCUAAGCUUUAACAAUAUCACCAAGAAUGACCUUUAUUCAAGUGUUUUUCUUGUUGCCUAUAAGAUUGAGCUUGUCGGCUUUGGAGGGAAUGGAGGAUCUUUAUAUUGUGGAAUUGGGUGUUUUCAAAAAAGAGAGAAUCUCUCCGGAAUGUACUUCAAAGAUUAUUACAAACCAAAAUGGGACACCAAAACUAAGGGAGAAGACAAAAGAAUAGCCGAUGAAUUAAUUGAAGCAUCGAAGGCUCUUGUGAGCUACACCUACGAGAAGGGCACUCAAUGGGGCAAAGAGAUGGGUUUAUUGUAUGGGAUUCCUGUAGAAGACAUAGUCAUAGGGCUUAUGAUCACAUGCAGAGUGUGGAAAUCAAUUUACUAUAACCCACAAGAAAAAAGGGCCUUCAUGGGAGUAGCUCCGACAACCUUUGGUGUGCUUCUUGUUUAGCAGAAAAGGCGGGGACAAGAGUUGUCUCUUCCAACCCUUUGCUAUCUUAUUUUCCUUCCCAUUUCCACAUUUCGUGGUGUUCCAUUGUUCCCGGAGAGGUGAUAUCUAUUAUAAAUAUAAGUUCUUGAAAUAAUUAUUGCCUCUUGGUGGUAGCUUACAAGCCCCUGGAUCG